AUGGGUGCUCCGGGCCUCAAUCAACGGAAAAAGGUCACCAUAAAUUCCUUGCGCUCCCUGUACAAAAAGGGCGAGCCCAUUACCGUCCUCACAGCCCACGAUUUUCCCAGCGCACAUGUCGCAGAAGCCGCAGGCAUGGAGAUCAUACUUGUCGGAGACAGCCUGGCUAUGGUUGCUCUAGGUAUGGAAGAUACUAGUGAAGUGCUUGUAGAAGAAAUGCUGCUCCAUUGCCGAUCAGUCUCUCGAGCGGCCAAAUCUGCCUUCACUGUUGGUGACAUGCCCAUGGGAUCCUAUGAGAUUGCGCCGGAACAAGCCCUCGAAACUGCGAUUCGAUUUGUGAAGGAAGGGCGUGUGCAGGGUAUAAAACUCGAGGGUGGCAUAGAAAUGGCACCUACCAUAAAGAAGAUCACAAGUGCUGGCAUACCCGUCUUGGGCCAUGUUGGACUUACGCCACAACGUCAAAACGCUCUUGGGGGUUUCCGUGUCCAAGGGAAGACAAGCGCGGGCGCAUUGAAGGUACUCGAGGAUGCUUUAGCUGUCCAAGAGGCUGGAUGCUUCGCUACUGUGCUUGAGGCGGUACCUCAAGAAGUCGCAACACUCGUCACAAAGAAGCUCUCUAUUCCUACAAUUGGCAUAGGCGCGGGCAAUGGAUGUUCGGGCCAAGUACUUGUCCAAGUUGACAUGACUGGCAACUUUCCACCUGGCCGUUUCAUACCAAAGUUCGUAAAGAAAUAUGGCGAUGUCUGGAGUGAAAGCUUGAGAGCAAUCGAAGCUUACAGGGACGAGACCAAAAGCCGUGCUUACCCAGCACCGGAACAUACAUAUCCGAUUUCGAAGGAAGAGCUGGCGGAGUUUGAACGUGUAAUAGGAGCGAAUGAUGUUUGA